UCUCUCUCUCUUGCUUUAAUGGAAAAGAAAUAGACUUUAUUGGAUUCUCAUUCUCUUCAAGUUGAAACCUCCAUUCUCUCAAUUCUUCCACAACCAAAUUUCCACUUUCUGAAGCUCUCUUCUUUCUCUUCCUCUUGUUCUUGUUCUGCUCGUUGUAAGAAGCUAUGCAUGAUUGGGCUGCACCGCUGAUAGCUUCGGCUCUGUUCGCGUUUCUAUCGCCGGGACUAAUACUGCAAUUUCCGGGAAAAGAAUCUCCGGUGGGUUUCAUGAACAUGAAGACGACGGUAGCUUCUAUUUUCGUCCAUACCAUCCUCUAUGGUCUUUUUCUCAUCCUCUUCCUCGUGGUUCUCAACGUCCACGUCUAUGCUUAGCUUACUUUAUUUCACUCUUGUGUUUGCCUCUGUUGGUGGCAGAGGGUUUAGUAGCGAAGCUUUUGUCUUAUACUUUCUUAUACUUUCUUUGUUCCUCUUCUUAAAUACUGCUCAAAGAUCUAAACUUUCUCUUCAGUAA